CUUAAAUGGGACAUUGAAUUUUGCAAUUAAUCCGCGGUUCACAUGAGUGCCGAACCGUCGAGGACGAUCGGAUCAACUACGAUCCGUUGCACCACUAUCAGACAUGUCUUUCCAUUUCCUUGUUAUACUGUUUUGGCUUAAAACUUACCAAGUUCUUUUGAUUUUUUUAACCAUAUUCUGAAUCUAUGUCAGUAAGUCAUCAUCCUCAUUAUCCUGAGCGAAGUCAAAACAGAAAAGGACAACAAAUAUUUAAAAUCCAUAUUUACUUUUCUGUAAAAUCGGUCAAACACUUCAAGCUAUUUCCAAACCUAUAACCCAAUAAAUCCACCCUCUGCUGCUAACCACCUUGGGCACAGCUGAGUGUGUUGAAAUACAGUAUGUUAAAGGUUAGAAAUAAAUCUGUUGCUAUGUGGAGAAGGUGCAGUAAUUAUUUCCAAACCAGCAGUUCUUGAUCUCCUGCUUCCUUCCAUCUUUUCUGACUACACUGUUAUCUCCACUAUACCAUCAAAAAAACACACUGAUAACAGACUGGAGAACUCAAUUGACCUUGACUGAGUGUAGGAGAGAAGACACUUGUAGUACUGAGGAAAACAGGGCAAAGGAAACCGUCUCUCUGUCUGCCAACCUGUUUUUCACAAAUUUAAAAUGUCACUUGUUAAAAGGGAGCAGUAUGUUGGUUAGGAUUAAAAUGAGUGUGAUGUCAUGUUUGCUGUAUUUCUCACUUUUCUUCAUAAUGUUGAUCAAGUGAAAAUUAGGGCUGCAGUCUCCCUGUUGAUUGGUCGAUUGGUUGGUUGACGUGCUCCUGUCCGACCAAAUUCUCAUUGGUCGGACAACCCCUGAAAGUUUAGCGAAAAGAUAGCGCUGUGUUUAUUUGUGGGGCUAGAUAACUGCGGCUGAGACUGUUUCACACUCCAAUGUGGUCAGUGACGGUAAUGCACCAUAACACUGGUUGCCACCCACCAUAAAACAGAAAGAAGAGGGAAAAAAAUUGGCAAAAAAUGUUGCAGAGACUGAGACUAGAUGCAUGCUAACUACGCAAUGUCGUUAGCGCGUUAGCUUGGAGAGCUAACUUGACUCGUUUAGGCUACUAUAUUACGUAAACGUCACCCCCUGCCCCAUCAACCAACCAAUUGGUUGAAGAGUAGGUAUUUUCAGUCGACACAGAUUUCCUUUGGUUGACUACAGCCUUAGUAAAACUGUUGCCAAACCAAUGACUGACAAACUAAACAGAGCAAACUGAACUGUUGCACUUUUGUGAUGGAUUUGCAUGUUUGUGUGUGUUUCUCCCGCUGUCCAAACACACUCAACCCAGUUGCAUCCUGGCCGGGAUGUUUUGUUGUUCAGGAGAUAAAAGGAGAUGUGGUCACGACAAUAAUUCGCUAUGACAGCAAGUGGAAGGUACUAGUGGUAGACUCCACUUACUUUGGUGAUCCCCUGACUUUUCAUCCAGUGCCGCUAGCAGGUCAAAAUGAUCUCAUAUUCAGUGGAAUAUCUCAACAUCUACGUGAUGGAUCAGCAAACAAUUUUGGACAGAUAAUCAUGGUUCUCAGAUGACAUGUCUUAAUGACUUUAGUGAUCCCCUGAUGUUGAUGACACUGACACCUACUGGAAAUUUACUGUUACUGACUAGCAAUGAUACUGGCAUUGUAUAAAACUAUCUCCUACAUUAUUAACAAUAACACUUUUUCCCAUAAAUUCAUAAUACUACACAGAAAACACAAGCCUCUUUUAAGUUACAUUACAUUUUGGACAGACUUUGUUCAAUAAUCAGCAUGUGACUGAUCGUGUCACACAUGGUUACAUUGUCAUUAUGAGCAUAUUAGCAUGCUCAAAACACUGCUCUGCUCGGCAAUAUACUCUUAGACUUGUUUUUUUUAAUUUGUUUUGUUUUGUUUUUUUUCUUCUUCUUUUCUAUUCGGGCUGGCUCGAAAAUAAUGGAUACAAUUCUUUGUUGUUUUUGUGAUGACAGUAAGAUUAACCAGAUCAUGACAAAAAUGACUUAAACAAUAUAUAGGCCUAUUUUUCACAAGUCAAGGCAACAACAACAACAGUUCUUUUAAAUAGCAAAUUGAGGCUCAGGUGACCAAAAUAAAACAUUAGAUCUACAUCCAAAUCAACUAGCUUUAGCUUGCAAAGCUGAAAUAAGUUAUAAAACUAGUAUUUGCCAGCAAAGAACUUUUCUUUUCUGUUGGCAUUGUCAAAUGUAAUUGUUGUCUGGAACUAAGCAAAUGAUAAAAAAUCCUUCUUAAAUGGUGGGAAACAUGCAGGUAAAAUAAAGCCAUUAAACAUAGGAGAUGUUUUUUUUUUAGAAUUCACAAGAUGAUGACAACCUGUUAAACCAGCAUCCAAAGUGACGGACCUGCUUCCUAAGCAAAUAGAGUGAGAUGCCCCUGACUGAGCUGGCGGCUGUCAAUACAGUGGAAAAGUGCCAAAUGUAGAAAUCACAAACCUUUAGCCUGCCACACACAAUAAUGAUUUUCCUCUGACAAAAACUGCUGACCAGUAAAUUAUUCAUAUUCACGCUAUGAAUAAAUAAAAUAAACAGGCCCCACUCUCAGUCUACAAAUCUAGGAAGUAUUUGCCCAUUUAAUCAUCAAAUUUUAACAGAAGCUGCAACACAUUGCAUAAGCACUCAGGACUCCUGGGACAGUUGCAAACUUGACCAACUGCCAAUAAGUGGUUGUGCCUAAUUUUCAAGAGCCAUUUGCCUCAUAUCUGAUUCCUUUGCCUCAUAUCAAGGCCCACAGUAUAAAGCCUGUCUCUUUCUCUUGGUCCCCAGAUAAUUAACUUGGCUUUGUUGUGAACAGCACACAUGCACAUCCAUUUCUAAUUAGCAACAGACAGCAUCUAGUACUACUGCACACAAUAUUUUAGAACAGCUUAGUGAUUUUUUUUUUUUUUUUUUGCAACAUAUACCUAGUGCAGGUAAGUCGAUAAUGCCAGCAAACCCCUGCUAAAUGAAAUUAACUCCACACAUGCCUUGCAGCACAGUUCCUAAUGGCUCCCCUCUCUACAUGUAAAUGACCUCCUGUCCUGGAUCUUUGAUUGCAGAUCAAUGACUGUUUGCUUUAUUUCAACAUUCAGCACCGGUGAACCACAACGCCACGGGGGCAAAUGUUGAACAGAGAAUUUACAGCAGGCUCCAGGGGAUGGGAAUCCCAUUCCCGUUUACAGCUCUCCCUGGCAGGAAGAAAGGAAAGGAUGCCUUCUCUCUACUGCCUUCACACCGGUUGGAGCCUGAAGGGUUACCUCUACCAGCCCCCGGGCUCUUUGGCUCUUUAUUCGUGUCCGGCUUACGGGGCCUCGGCUCUGGCUGCCCCGCGGAACGAAGACUUGGCGAGGUCGUCCUCUGGCUCAGCCUUCAGCCCUUACCCUGGAUCGGCUGCUUUCUCCGCCUCGGCUGGUGCAGGCUUCUCCAGUCCACUGUCAUACUCCACGGAUCCAACCACGGGAUUCCCAUCCUACAUGAGCUCUCCAUAUGACGCGCACACGACGGGCAUGGCCGGGGCAUUAAGUUACCACCCAUACGGGAGUCCAGGGUACCCCUACCAACUCAACGACCCGGCGUACCGCAAAAACGCCACCAGGGACGCCACGGCCACCCUGAAGGCCUGGCUGCAGGAACACAGGAAGAACCCAUACCCGACGAAAGGGGAGAAGAUCAUGCUGGCCAUUAUCACCAAGAUGACCCUGACGCAGGUAUCCACAUGGUUCGCCAACGCCAGGAGGAGGCUCAAGAAGGAGAACAAGAUGACAUGGGCGCCCAGGAAUAAGAGCGAAGACGAGGACGAGGAGGACGGGGACGGAGAGAGGAAAGAGGUGGAGCGCUCUGACAAAACCCUGGAUAACAGCGAGGCUUCAGCGGAGGAUGAAGGUAUCAGCUUGCACGUUGACACUCUGACGGACCACUCCUGCUCGGCGGAGUCUGACGGGGAGAAGGUCAGCUGUCGUGUGGGAGAGCUGGGCUCCGACCAGAGCGGCGACAAAUGCGACGAGGAGGACAGCGAGGACCAGAACCACAACCCGCCGCGGUUCCAGCUCUCCCCUAAACCCGUCACAUCAUCACCUCUAACGGGGGUCGAAGCGCCGGUUCUCAGUCAUCACCAACACCAUCACCACCACCACCUCCAUCAUCUCCACCAUCUUCACAACCAACGCGAGGAUUUGGCCCGGAGCCUCGUCAAUAGCAACAAUAUUAACACCAAUAAAUCGUCUUCAUGCCUUGACAGCAGACCUUCAUCGGGGGCGCCUCAAAACCCUACAGUCAAGCCCAAAUUGUGGUCGCUGGCGGAGAUUGCUACCUCAGACCAAAAGCAGCAGCAUCAGCAACAGCAACUGGGGCAGCCCGGGCAACCGAAUUGCCCCUCCUCCAGCGGUGGCCUCCUUACUCCCCCCACGCCCUCCACCACCUCCCCGGCUUCCAGUUCUCCCUCCCUCUACCCGGCCCCCUCCAUCCUUGGAAGACCUAUUUAUUACACUUCUCCCUUUUAUAGCAAUUACACAAACUAUGGCAACUUCAGCCCCCUGCAGGGCCAAGGGAUCCUGCGGUACACUAAUUCAUCUGGAGUGAGUCUGGCUGCCGCCGCCGCUGCCGCCGCCGCCGCUGCUGCUGCAAACGAGGGUCUCAGCUCUCUGGAGGCGAGCACAAACCCCAAACACAGGCCAGACUCUCCCCUCGUUAAAAAUAACCCAAACCAGAUUGUUGUUGUCGAGCAGCAGCAACAACAGCAUUUCAGACCCGCAAAUUUAGAGGCAAAGAAAGGUACGUAAUAACGACGCGGUACCGCUGCUGAGAAAUGAUAAACCAUUUUGAAAACUUAUUUAAUCUAGUGUUGAAUCUUGAGGUUGUAUUUUUUCUUAAAACACGUGAGGGGGAAAUCGCUCCAAAAAAAGUGGAAGUCAAAUGAGCUCACUCGUUUCCAAUGCAAAUCAACUGGUUUUUCUUUGUGUCACUUUCAUGUGUCAUUGUCCUGAUGCCAUUGGAUGAUCUGGCUGUUAUUUUUUUUUUUGUUUUGUUUUGUUUUGGUUUUUUUGCCUUGUUUCAACAAAAAUGAAGACUUGUUUCAAGCAGUCUUGCAUGAGAAACAAGUGGCAUUAUCUCACACUACUGGGUGGUUUUCACUUGUUUUAAGAUCAAUACGAUUUUAGGAGCAAAUAUGAGACUAAAUGACUUAUUAAGAUGGACAAUUUACUGCACCGUCUAAGCAAAUGAACGUGUACUAUGGCCUAUAAUUCGUUUUCAGCGCAGUUAUUUUUGUGGAAUGAUCAGUUUAUAAUCGUCCUCCUUCUUUUUUUUUUUUUUUUUUUUUUAAACUAUAUGCAUAUUUUGAUCUCUCUGAAUCUCAUUAAAUCAUUAAGUAACAUGCGGCGGGAUUUUCAAUUGCAGCUGGCUCGCAUUAUAAACGAUAGGGAUAUAAUAAGUAAAGCCUAUUGUAAACAAAUGUGUAAGAGUACACCUGCAGAUAUAGACAUUAAAAUAAGACCACAUAAGGACAGGCCUCACCUCAGCCUAACCACGCGCAGUCACGCACGCGCACAUACACACACACACACACACACACACACACACACACACACACACCAAUACAGUGGCAACUUGGGAAUUCAAAAAGCAGAGACGUGUUGCCAUAACUUUGAGCAGGAAUUAUAUUUUAAAUGUCCCCUCUGAUGUGUGUGUUUGUGUGUGUGUGUGUGUGUUUGUGUGUGUGUGUGUGUGUGUGUGUGUGUGUGUGUGCGCGCGCGCGCGCCUGGGCCCCAAACCUUAUCUUUCAGCUUUGGAUAAUUAUAAUUACACAGGGUCAGCCAAAAGCAAACAAUCAGUUACUUUGCUCUGCAUUCAUCAAGUGCAAAUUUGCACUUUAAUAUAUCAGUGAGGUUGCUGUGGUGGUGGUUACUUUCCUUACGCACAUUCAAAGCGUAAAUGCCGCUGGAUAGCAUAUAGGACUAUAGGUUUUUACUGGCAAUUAAGCAAUGGGGAUUUUAAUAAGCACUUGCAGUAUAGAGGUGUUUUGGGUAAAGCCAGCUUGAUAAACUUUAUGUUUUCUGGGAUUGUGGAGGGAAUUGAUCAUUUGAUCGUGUGGGAUUUUUUUUUUUUUUUUUAAUUUCCAUGGUCUGCAGGUAGGUGUCACAAUUGCUUUGACUAUAAGGCGAGUACGGACACCACCUUUUAGCCUCAUGUUUUAACCCCCAUAACCUUUACUCCAAACCGGAUCUAGUGCCACCGUAUAGUCGGAAUGAAAAAGCUGCUACCGCCUUCUCAGCCCCACACAGGCUGAGACUCUCUCUACAGCACACGUUUGUCAGAUUAGUAUUGUAUUAUAUCUUUUUUGUUUUUGUUUUUUUUUGUUUUGAUGCAUUGUGGAUAAUUUCAUAUGCUGGUUUGAAAAAGAUCUCCCAUUAUAUGUGAUUUACAUGUUAUUUCUCAGGUUCCUAUAGUUUGCUUAUUUGCCACGGUUUGUUAUUUUAGUAUAUAUUUACGUGUGGAAAAAAAAACAACAACAAUAAUUUGGCCUUUCUGUGAAACCGUAUUUGCAAAAGGAGGUGUAUUAUUGGGACGCAAGGCGGACGGGAGCUGAAGUGAACUUGAGGACUUCAAAGUGGAAUAGCCUACAUUUGAUAUUUAUUUUUUUAAAUGAUGGCGAAAUGAUGCCUAUAUUUAUGCAAGUUGUAUUGCAAAAAAAUGGGAAACUGACAUCGUCUGUUUGUUUUGUAAAUAUAUACAUGGACGCCGGUUUUUAUUUGGAAAAAAGCUACACAAUCUUGUUAUCAGGAGUACUUUUACUAAUUUAUAUCUUUGAAUGUAAAUAAAAUAAAAAGCGCUAGUAUAGAUGUACUGGCGGGGUAUGAUAUCCAUUAUUCAA